AUGGGCAUUGUACAGGGCGCGCUGAAAGGUUUUCAGGCAAUAAAUGUGGACGUCCAAUUCCUGAAGGCCUCUGGUGUGGGUAUUCUAUCGGUUUUGAAUAUGGCUGUGUUCGCCAAUGUGGUGAAGUGGGGUGGCAACUGUGCUCUCUUCUCUGCAGCGUUCUGUAUGGGCGACAGGUUGGCCACGGUGGUGAAGUACAGAGUUCUCCCGCCGCAUGAUGCGCAGCAGCGCAGCACGUCGAAUUAUGUUGUUGGCCUUUCCAUGUCAGGCGGAACGGUGGGCAUCCUGCCGUGGUGGAUCCUUGGUGACACGAAUCUCGCCCUCCGUCUUGGUGUGUCAGGUGCAUUUGUUGGUGGUUUCUUGGGUCUCUGUGUGGGAACCGUCCUUAGCCGCCUCGUGGCGCUCAACACGGCACGGCUAGAGGCGACGAACAGGGAGCUGCGGCGCUACGAGGCGCUGAUGUUGCGCCAACGCAACUGGGCGGAAGGAGAGCGAGCGAAGCUGAGGAGUCAGACACUUGUGUGGUGGUAA